AUGCGGUUCACAUUUGACAAUUUCGUGUCCAAGUCGAUAAGGAAGUCUCUCGGGAUGUUCAAUUUAUAUCAGCAUAUGAAGCCUGGGGAGGCCAAGGAACAGAAGGAAGCGGAAACGACCGGACAUGACAGGUUUUACCAGGAGCGUUCAAGAUCCAGUUACAGGAAAAAGAAGAAACGAGCGUGUCGUAGAGCACAGUCUGCAGCUGAGUUUGAUCCGGCGUCAGUGGCUGCUGCGAAUAAGAGAGAUGCGUUCAGACUACGCUCUGUGUCUACCGAUAAAGAAGAAAGUGAAGAGGAAAUAUCCGAGCGUGCCCCGUUAGUUGCCCAGAAGAUAGAUUUCUUAGCAAAAUUUCUCUUCAACAAAUCAUUGAUGGGAUCUGGCUCAGGAAAAUCAUCACCUUCGGAAGCCACAUCUUCACCAAGAGUACCUGAGCGAUCAAUGGAGAGUUCCGUAGCUUUGGCGAUAUGCAAUGAAUAUUUAGCACACACUCCGAGAUACAGUAUGAUGUCGCCGCUGGGUCAGAUCGGCUCUCGUCCUAACAAGCAUUGGUUCGCCAUACAUGAUAACUCCAUCAAGACUGAACGACUGCUCAUUCUUAUGCCGUUGUCUAGUAGGUGUUCUAUAGAGCCCAGUGAUCGUUCUCGUGAGCUCAUGAAGGAGUUGUUCCGAGCCCUCCAUCACCCCUACAUCUGCCCGGUACUAGACUUGGAGAUGUGCAGCGGACACGCCAUCGCCGUACUACCAUACAACUCAAGAGGCAGCCUCAAGGACGUCAUCUAUAAAAGUACGUGGAGUGAUGAGUACAGUCGUAAGUACAAUUCGUCGGGGGCCGGUCUGCCGCCGACACAAGUGGCUCGUUUCGGGAGACAGAUCUUGGAAGGGUUAGUGUUCCUCAAGGAGAAAGGGUUCCCGCCCUUCAGACAUCUACACACUGGAAACGUUGUGGUGCAAAAUGGUGUAGCACGUAUAUGCGGUAUAGAGAACACAUUGAUCGGCGCGCCCCCCCGGCCGGCUGUUCGUUCCCUGCCCCUGGAGCACGUGGAGUCCCUCGCCCUGGGUCACGUGAUGUUUGAGAUGUGCGCCGCUGACACUGACCUAACACUGAUAACUGACCUGCCGGCUGUUUACUCACAGGUCGUGGACAUCAUAGAGCUCAUCUUCAGCGCUCGUCCCCCGAGCCUGCACGAGCUGCUGCUGUGUGAACUGUUCCGGAAGAUAGACCUCCGGGAAAUGAAGGGAUCGUGUUUACCUAACUUCAGUCAGCGUCUAUCCCACUCGUGCCUCUCCCUCCUGAGCGAGGUGUCUCGUCGUCAGAGUGUUGGCGCGUCUUGUUCAUCUCCUGGCUCCACUCGUGGUGUGUCACCCGCCACGCCACCCUCUCGGAGGAGGUACCUCUUUCUAGAUCAGGACUACACCGAAGAAUGGCAACACUGA